CGGACCGUCUCGGCCUGUCGGACCGAGAACUCAGCGGGGGUCACCGGAAAGCUUUCAAAGCGCGCGCCACCGCAGGAAAAAAAGAGGGCCAUGCCGUUUGGCUGUUUAACGCUCGGCGAGAAGAAGGACUACAACAGUCCCACAGAUAUCACAGACAGAUAUGAUCUUGGCCAGAUUGUUAAAUCGGAAGAGUUCUGCGAGAUCUUUCGAGCCAAGGACAAGACAACAUCGAAAAUGUACACCUGCAAAAAGUUCCUGAAGAAGGACGGGAGGAAAGUGCGCAAGGCUGCGAAGAAUGAGAUUUUCAUUCUGAAGAUGGUGAAGCAUCCUAACAUUCUCCAGCUGGUGGACGUCUAUGAGACAAGAAAAGAAUAUUACCUCUUCUUGGAACUUGCAACAGGCAGAGAGGUAUUCGAUUGGAUCCUGGACCAGGGCUACUACUCCGAGAAAGACACCAGCAACGUGGUUCGGCAGGUGCUGGAGGCAGUGGCAUACCUGCACUCCCUCAAUAUCGUCCACCGCAACCUGAAGUUGGAGAACCUGGUGUAUUACAACCGUCUAAAGCACUCGAAAAUAGUGAUCAGCGAUUUCCACCUGGCCAAGCUUGAGAACGGGCUUAUCAAAGAACCAUGUGGGACUCCAGAGUACCUGGCUCCAGAAGUUGUUGGGAGACAGAGAUAUGGCCGACCUGUGGACUGCUGGGCUCUCGGAGUGAUCAUGUACAUUCUACUUUCCGGCAACCCUCCAUUCUACGAUGAAGCAGACGAUGACGAUUACGAAAACCACGACAAGAACCUGUUUCGCAAAAUUCUCGCAGGAGAUUACGAGUUUGAUUCGCCGUACUGGGACGAAAUCUCUGACUCAGCUAAGAGUUUAGUCGCGCGUCUCAUGGAGGUUGACCAGGACCAGAGACUCACAGCGCAGGAAGCCAUCAACCAUGAAUGGAUAUCUGGAAAUGCUGCGUCAGAUAAAAACAUCAAGGAAAAUGUGUGCGCACAGAUGGAGAAGAAUUUUGCGAGAGCCAAGUGGAAGAAAGCUGUGCGAGUCACGACCAUCAUGAAGAGGCUGCGAGCUCCGGAGCACCAACAAACUGCCGCUGCAGCUCAGUCCAGUGAGGGAGCCACAAACCCUGCAGGAGGAGCACAGGAAAAUCCCCAGGCUCCAGCUGAGGCCUCCACGGCCCCCGCAGCCACAGCCCCUCCUGCUGGUCUGGAGGUGCCUCAUGCAGAGGCUUCUUCAUCACGGUGUAACGGUGACUCUCCCGCUCCCUCGCCUUUCGCCACACAGACCGGAGACGAGCGGAACGGUUAAAGUCUGGCUCUUGAUUCGACCUUUCCCACAUCCCUCACAGCAACCCCUGAGCUCUGUAAAUUAGCAUUUAGCAUGGUCGCCGUGAGCCUGCUUCGCUCUCACAGUCACAUUCGCAGUGCCAGCGUCGUCUCGCAGAGCCUCGUCGACGUCUUUUCCUGAGCUUUGUCUUUUCUUGUUACAAAAGCUGUAUUUGCCAAUCUUAGAAGCCAUAUUGCCACAUACUCGAUCAAAAACACAAGGAAUUGAUUUGCGCUUAUAGACACACAUAUAU